GUUUUCUAUUUAGUAUAUAUCUUGAAAUUGGUUCAUAUACAUACACUAUCCUCUUGCUUUUUGUGUUGAGCUCGAGAUGGCUCCUCACAAGUCAAUGAUUAGUUAUUCUCAUUGAUGUUGAUAGAAGUUAUCACCGAUCACUGAUUUGUAUUAAUAGAUAGAACUACAAUGUUUUCUUGAGUGAAUAAAUUUUGAACUACAAGUUACUUCUAUCAAUGUUUAGUAUUCAAACUGAUAUACAUUGUGUUUUUAUUAUAACUUUUUGAAGGGACCUUCUAUCUCAUUAUUUGGUUGCCACAAGAUUUUCAUUGAGAAGGAUAGGUGCCCAAGCUCGAAAAGAGAAGUGUUGACGUUGUGCAUCUUCGCAUCGAAAGCGUGAGUCUCACAGAGAGCCUUGUUGACACCGGCCUGCUUCUUGAAGACUACGCUAGGUGCCUUCUUUACAGUCGUUGCAAUGGUGGGAGAAAGCAAGAAGUCUAUAGUACAAGUUAACAAGUCUAAUAGAGUCUCGACUUCAUCACGAAGAACUUUGGAGUGUCGAUCUGAAAAGCCAUGGCUUAGAUCACAAUCUCAAAAUUCAGAACCUACUCCACCUCUCAGUGAAGAUCCACAUGCUUCCACUCAUCUUCCUUCAACUAUAAUUGAUCGGUCGUCAUCUCCAACUACUGCUAAUCUGGACACUAACGCUACAGGAAAAUCAAUGCAAGAAAUAGAUAGAGAUAAUAGUCGUGUAGCUGCUGCUGCCAGCCAACUGCAGGUCUGCUUGGGUCGAGCUGUGGGCGGUCUUCAGCUGGCAGAAUUUAUUACAGAAAUGGGAGUCGUGUUGCGACAAUAUGCACCACUUAAUGUUAACAAAUGGGCUGAAGUACCUAUGCAUUAUAAGGAUAAGAUGUGGGAUGAUUUAAUGAGAAUGUCGGCGCGUAAUAAAGAAAAUCGAGCAAAACAAUCGACUAGCUCAAUCUGCGGACGAAAAUCAUUUGCUACAGUCCUAUAUGAUAUGAGGGAUCCAGAAACGGAGGUUGAUCCUGAUUUAACUGAAUAUUGGAAGGCUACACACCAGCGAAGAACUGAUAAUUCUUGGUGUUCUGAGAAGGCUCAAAAUGCUAUGCAACAAUUUGAGCAUGUAAGAAAAUCACAAGAAGAGUUAGGUGAUCGUCCAUUAUCAACGGAGGAACAUUUAACAAAGGCUUUUGGUGCACGAUCGGGAUAUCUUCGUGGUUUAGGAUGUGGACCUAAGCCACUAAGUAGUAAGAAUUUGGAAGCUAAAGCAUCAAAAGAGGCUAUUGAGAGACAAAUAGAAGAAUUGAAGAAUGAGCUGAAGCAAUCAAGAGAGGAGAAUGAAGAGCGAGAAGCACGCCUACAAAGGGAAAGAGAUGAGAGAGAGAGAGGAGAGGUUUAAAAAAGAAAUUGAAGAGAUUAAGGCGCAUUUUAAAGCUGAAUUUAAUGAACAAUUAAAGUUAUUUGUUCAGUUAUAUGGAGCACCGACCACAUCAUCCCCUCCUUCCACUCAAAAUCAUUAGUGGAAUUUCUUAAUUGAAGGGUCGAGAUGUCUACAUCCUGAUUUAUAAGAGGUGGUGACAAGAAAUAUUUUGGCAGGUCAUUGGCGAUGUAUUGAAUCAAGUUUAAGAAUUUAGAUAUAUUUUGAAAACUUUGAUAGCAUGUGGAAAUGACAAAAAUAUUAUUAUUGUGUUUUAUUUUUUGGUUGUGUUGAAUGAUUGUAUUACUUAUAUAUGAUGAUUCAGUCUUACUUA